CUAUAUCUCCAUAUGUUGUGUGUCGUUGACCCAAUGUUUAAGGUUACUAUAUAUGUAAUAUGACCAGAAAGCGCGCUAUAGACAGAACUGAGGAUGCGUGUAAUGCGCCAAAAUGUGUGUCUAGUACCGUUAAACUGCAGGAAUCUGGGUCAUUGAAUCCUCGCAAGGAUGCAGCGUGCGUUGAUAACAGCAGUAAAGUAGCUGAGGAAUAUUCAUCUGCGCUUUUGUUUGUUCCCAAUCAGGUGAGGUCAAGGGUAGCUAAUGUUUCUACUGAGCGUCGCGGUCAGAUGCGCUAGGAUAUUUGUACCGCUACUGCUUCUCUCCGUUGUCGGUGUAUAUAGCUAUUCUAUUACUAAAGUGGUCGUACCUCUUGACUCUGGUAUAUAUCUACUAAAACACUCUGACCUCAAGAACUCUGUAAAUACCACUUCUGGUGUGGACCUCUCUGACUCUAGUAUAUAUAUCCCCAAAAGGCUGCUGUUGUCUACUGAGCAAAAUACUGGUGAACACAGUUACUUGAACAUUCCGUUGCACAACACUAUCCUGGUGCGUAAGAUUGAAUCUCUCGAUUCAUUUCCUGUACUUAGUCUCGACUACGGAUCACGCUUCGUGGGAAUAUCUCUUCAUCAUAUGGGUAGUUCGAAGGUGCUUGGUAAUCUGAUAAAUACUGGCGAUGUACCUCAAUUAUGUGAUAGGAUAUAUUCGUUACUUAAGGAAAACGUGAUAACCAUAACUCGCUUUUUAAUCUUGGUUGGUCUACCACUAUCUCGUGGCAAGCCAACUGACGGCCAUCAUCUAUUCCAAAAUCUAUUUAACCUCGAUUUUGCAACUCGCCUUUCUAGGUAUAUAACCCAGCGACAUAUAGAGUACUAUGGUAAUUGGGAAAGCUUAAUAUCAUCAGGAAAUCUACUUCAUACGUUAAACACCAAGUGCUUUAUGUGUUCCAAUGGUCUGAGACCAUGCUUAUACAAUAACAAUUGCGAAGAGAGCUUUGAGAUUCAACCUUCUGACUACGGAUCGGCUAACGUCAUUGGUGUUACCGAGCACAGUUCCACGUAUCAGACGGAGCUUUUCAACGGCACUUCCAGUCGUCGUGACGCACUUGCUAGCAUUCUCAUAUACCGGAAUUUAGUUGAUUCCCUCAGGUCACCUCAUACGGACAAUCUACCAUUCCUUGUUCUCCCCAGUAACAACAACAUAUUUAGGAAUCACACAAAGGGUGAUUGCUUGAUGCUAUACAAACAUCUGUGGUCAAAGUUAUCCAAAAGCAAAAAUGGCUCCUAUUAG